AUGAUCGGUCUUCAAUCUGUGCAAGGAGACUGUGAAGAAGGGUGCUACACAACUGCAGUAGAGAUGAAGAUGGAUGGAGAUUUUCGCCCCGUCGGAUACAGGUUCUGUUGCAAAUCUCACUGGUUUCGGCGAAUCAUCUCCAAAGGCCGUAAUGUACCAAUAAUAUUCUUUGCACAGAAUUCAACCCUGGAUGUGACCCUUCAUUUCCGCUGGGUUGUAAGAACUCCAGAUGCAGAAGAUGCCAAGUAUCUGACUACCGAGCAGCUUGCCGAGGUUUACACACAGAAAGACGGUGACAACGGUAAACUUCUGAAAUCAGCUGAGCCCCUACAAGUUUACAACAUACACGUGGAACUUCAGGGUUAG